GCCACGUCCGCAGCCAGAGGCCGCCGCCACUUACCGUGUCUUCUGGCUCCACAGCCUGAGGGGACACCUCCGGAGCCCGCAACUGCCCCGGGGUGUGCCGGCUAUCUCUGCUGCCUCAGCCCUCCUCGGUGCUGCCCACUCCCUCCGCCCGGCCCCAGCCCCAGGCGCCGGCCCCUGACCCCGGCGGAGAUCAUGAAUCAAGCAGAUAAAAAUCAACAAGAAAUCCCAUCAUACCUUAGUGAUGAACCACCAGAAGGUUCAGUGAAAGAUCACCCACAGCAGCAGCCAGGCAUGUUGUCCCGUGUGACUGGGGGUAUCUUCAGUGUUACAAAGGGAGCUGUUGGUGCCACCAUUGGUGGUGUGGCUUGGAUUGGUGGAAAAAGUCUGGAGGUGACCAAAACAGCUGUUACAACUGUGCCUUCCAUGGGAAUAGGGUUGGUGAAAGGGGGUGUGUCUGCUGUGGCUGGAGGAGUUACAGCUGUUGGGUCUGCUGUUGUAAACAAAGUGCCCUUAACAGGAAAGAAGAAAGACAAAUCUGACUAAAAUAUGGAGAUACACUUGCUCUCCACAGCAUUAUGAUGCCAGUGGCAUUGAAUUGCUAAAUUAUGGACUAUAACCAAGUCACCUGUUUUGGACAUUUAUCUUCUAAACUGCUGUGUUGAAAGUGUUGAUGACUGGCUUUCAUCUAAAAAGAAGAGACCAAUACACGCACAGUAUGUGAAGGUUUCUCAUACUUAAGUUUCAGCUUUUUAUCUGGUAAAAUGUUAUACUUAUUCAGUUGUAACUGAAGAUACGGUAUGUUUGAAUAUUUACUAUAAGUCUUUCAGUCUGACUAAAAAUGUGAAAGUUGAAUUUAGUAGAUGAUCUUUAUUACAGUUCCACAUGUAUAAUGUUCCAGGUAACUCAUCUGCCCCUUAAGAAGGGAACCUUGAACUACAUAAACUGUACCUUUGAUGUGCCUAAUAGUUUCAGAUGUCUUAGUUUUUUUAUAACCAUAGUUGAUUAGGUCAAGAGGCAUUCUUUUCUUAUUUAAGUUGGCAAAAGUAGCAGGAAUUAGGGAAGUUUAAAAGAAAAGAUAAAUGGUUUUAUGAUACUGAGUGUUAACCAUCUUUUGUUAGAUAUGCAUUUUAUUAAUUUAAUUAUUGAUGCCUUACAAAAGAAAACAUCUUUUCUAAUACCCUAAGUAUUGUGCAGUUCUUAGAAUUAUCUAUGGAUUCUUUUAAAGAUUGUGAAAUUAGUUUUCCCUCUUUAGAAUCUCAGGAGUAGUGGGAUAAAGUUAUUUCUUGCUGUCAGUGGGUAAGAUAGUGCUUGUUAACUGUCUUGUUAGUAGUUAAAAUCAAAUUAUACACUUCAACCUGGGUUCAUGUUCCAUCAUUAAUACACCUCACAGUGCCUAAGGAACAUUUAUUUACUGGUCAAAAGCUAUGUUGCAGGAGUUUCAUAUUAAGGAGGAACAAAUAAUAAUUUUAAGCUCUUAAGAAUUACCUAAGGCAUCGAAGACAUAAAAAGAAUCCUUCACAUCUAUACUAUCUCUAGGAUGUCUUAAAUUAUAGUAGUACCCCUUUUUAAAAACACAGUAAAAGCAACCACAAAUAUGUUAGGACUAACUUUUAAAUUGAAUGAAAUGGGCUCCAUAGAUUAGUUUUCAAUAUAAAAUCUAUUAAUAUAUAAGUCAUCCAAUGGUUUAUAUAGGCUUCUUAAAAUUCUUUAAAGCAGCUAUAGACUUUGUACCAUUUUUCAAGCCAAUUUCAGGCAGGGAAUUGAAGUUUUUGAUUAUGGAUGAGAAGCAUGUCACAUCUUAUUAACGUGUCUCAUCAUGCCUCAUUCAUUCUCAAAGAAUAUGAUUUAGCUGAAAUUUUUUUGUUUUAUGUUCAAUUUCAUAAAAAUUUAACAAUUGGCAUAUAUACUUGUCUUAACUAAGGGUUAUAAUCCAAGCCUGAAAAAUCUUAACUUUCUUUAUGCUUAAAUCUGGAAAUUUGUCUCUAUUCUGUCAACUUUUUUUUGUGGGGAAGGACAGAACAGAGGGUGAUUCCCUGCAGUAAAUAAGUCAAAAUAGCAUGCUGCAGAACUUGAAACAGAUCGCCCUAACACCUGAGGCUUAAAUGGUUGUAGAACACUAAGAGUAUUACAUUAAUAAUGUGGAUUAACAAAUGAAUAAGAAUUUAAUUUUAAAAGCUUUCAUAAAUACCAGCAGAUUUUAAGCAACUGUACAAAGGUUACUGAAUCUUUCUAUUAUAUAUAGACCUAAAAAGUCAUUAAGGAGUUCAUACAAUUCAUUAGGAAUUAAAUGGUCAUUUAUUUCAUGCAGUAUGAUUUAAGGUAUUUGUUGGUAUAUUUGCUCAAAUGUCAUAAUUAGAGGGGAUUUUAAAAAUUAAUAGGUGAACACUAAAUAAUGGUAUUGGAGAACUUGUUUCCUGCUAUUUGGAAGGAAUUAUUGCUUCAUUGCUAGUUUAUCUUUCUAAUUUAUCUUCUACAGUCAUAGACCCUGCCAGUGUGCUUUGUAUCUGAAUUUCUAAGUUCAGAUUUCAGUUUACUGUAUGAUUGCAUAUUUAUUUUCAACUUUGCUUGUCUUUAAAAUUGCUUGAGGAAAAAUGGUUGUAAUUAAUUUCUGCUACAGAAAAGCGACCUGGUACAUUUUAUCUCAUUAAGAUUUUUUAAAUUCUGAACUAUAACUUUGUUCAGAGGGGCUUUUGCAAAGAUAGCAGAAAACUGUACUAAUGUACAGUCAUAGAAGUUCUUACGGAAAUGACCUUGCCAUUUGAUGAUAUGUACAGCUGUAUACUUGAGUCUUUUCCAGCUUAUUUACGUAGACUAGCAGUUUGACCUGUUAAACAGGACUAGUUCAUGUCAAGAAACUAAGGUUGUUGAAUACACCUGGAGGCAUCUGUUAUUCAUCUUAUCCUUUGAGUGGGUAUUUGGCACAAUGAAGAUAAACUUGUGUGACCCACUUGAAUGACUGCUCUAAUAAUGUUGACCUUAUGAAUUCUGUACUUAGUGAAAUGUCAGAUGAAAAUAACUGAUGAAUAAUUUUUUUGUAUUAAAGAAUGGGAAAAGAACACAUGAAUUUGUUAAUAAAGCACUAUGAUCUGCAGAAGAUGAAAUGUUUCAUAAAGAUCUAAAGAAAUAAAGGAAAUUUUAAAACAGGG